UUGCCCAGUUGCUGAGUUGCCUCUCUUGCUAAGCUGGUCGUAGUGCCCCGCCAAAUCUCCUCCCCACCGCCCGAGGCGCCUCCAUACUGUAGUAGUAGUAGUAGUACUAGACGGGGAAGCUUAGCAGCAGCAGCAGUCUGCACAAGUAGCAACACCAAAGAGCAAGAUGGGCAAGAUAAAGGACAUGCGCGACUACAUCGGCACCAGCGAGCUCAAGGAGUACGGCUCCCUCGGAAAGGCCCUCGUGGCAGAAUUCCUGGGCACCAUGAUCCUCGUCUUCGUCGGCUGCGGAAGCUGCAUCGGAGGAUGGACAGACGACUACGCCCCCUCGAAGGUGCAGAUCGCCUUCGCCUUCGGCGUCACCGUCGCCACAGUGGCUCAGGCGAUUGGACACAUCUCCGGAUGUCACAUCAACCCAGCUGUCACUUGCGGCCUGCUGGUGGCUCGCUAUGUGUCCGUUCUGCGCUCCCUCCUCUACAUCAUCGCUCAGUGCCUGGGAGCCCUGGUCGGGGCGGCCAUCCUUAAGGGCGUGACGGCAGCAAAAAUCCAAGGCAAUCUCGGUAUGACAACGGUGAAUCCACAGAUCAGCGCUGGUCAGGCCCUUGGAGUAGAGCUCAUCAUCACCUUCGUGCUGGUUUUAACCGUCUUCGGCGUCUGCGACGAGAGGCGAAAUGAUGUUAAGGGAUCAGCUCCUCUCGCCAUUGGACUUUCCAUCACAACCUGCCAUCUCAUGGCUAUUCCCAUCACUGGUUCUUCAAUGAAUCCUGCUCGGACAUUUGGUCCCGCUGUGAUUUCAGGCGUCUGGGCUGACCACUGGGUGUACUGGGCUGGACCUAUCCUUGGAGGAAUCCUGGCAGCCGUCGUCUAUUCCUACAUCUUCAGAGCUCCCAAGACUCAGCCUUACGACGACGUUCAGUUGGACAACUACAACAAGAGAGGAAACAACCCUUAAGGUUCUUUCCCUGGGCUAGUCCUAGGCCAGUUGCUGACUGUAGUAGGAGAGCCCGUCAUGAUCAGGCGUCCUUGGACAGCAAAGGGCGCAUCCCACGAGGACUUCUCGAUUGGCUUCUCAAUCACGAACCAACAGCAGUCUGCUGGAGUUCUCCUGCUAAGGAUGUGAUGUUGGGUUAAUACGUCAAGAAUAACUGAGCCUAAUUGAGUGUUCUGUGAACGCUGUGCCCUUCAAGGUAGUAAUCUAGUUUUGUUCCAUAUCAACGCCAAUUGUUGAAAAAAAAGGUAAAAAAUAAGGUUAAGGUUAUAACAAGAUGUUCGUCAUUACUAACGGUACCAGUACAAAAAAACCAUGUAUCUCUUCUUAUAUUACGUAGUAUUUUCUUGCAUCAUUAGGUUUCUGUUAGGAUAAGAACAUAGAAUUAUAAGUGUCCUUCAUAUAGUAUUACGAGAUGGUCACUUGCUCGUCCUGAAACUAACGCUGAAGUGUCAUUCUUUUUUAAUAAGAAGGAAAAAAUACUGUAAGUGAGUAGUGGAAAUAUUGCAUAACUGCCAGAACAUUCUAAGACGCAAUGCCUCAUUUCCCAGCUGAUGCUCCAAAAUUCAGGUGCGACUCUCAAUGACGUUCUUGGGAAAAUCGACUCUUAUUGGAUAUGAAUUUAGGCUAAGCACGAUCAUAAGAAAUACCAGUCAUUAUCGACAAGGAAAAAUCUGAUGGUAUGUUGUGAAAUGUCAACGCUUCAUUCUUCCCUGAACGGUAGAUAAAUUUUAGUGGUAGAAAUCUAGUCUCAUCAGACAAAACACUUAUGAAAUGAGUCCGGAAUUCCCAUCUUGAACCAGCUCGUUUAGAUCACAGUCAUUUUCCAUGAAAUGUUUUCCCUCUGUUGCUUUAAUUCUUGUACACAAGAAAUAAUACCAUCCGAAGAGUCUGGGAGAUUUAAAACAAGUAAAAUGGCACCCUUCAUAUCACGCUCACAUUCAUUUUUAGUAAAGUAAGACAAUAUUAGUCUUGGCUUGGCAAGUGUUGCGGGGAAUACGAGGCAUUUAUGGAAUAUGCAAAGAUGUAGGGACGUAUAAUUAUCUGAAGAAUUUUGAUUAACAGAUGAUUCACCUUAUGUUUUACUCAUUAUUACUAGACUGAGAGAGUUUAGCACGAAUUAAACUGUAACAUGAGAAAUUUUUAUAUUUUCGGUGUAUUCCAAGAAACUACUUUUGAAACGUUUGAAACGAAAAAACUCAAAUUACCGAUAUCUGGGGAAAAUGUUUGCCAUUCCUUAAGAAUAUGUUUUAAACACACAGUUACUAGCACACACAUACACAUCCGCGCACACUAACAUGCGCACUCAUACACACAGUAUAUAUAUAUAUAUAUAUAUAUAUAUAUAUAUAUAUAUAUAUAUAUAUAUAUAUAUAUAUAUAUGUGUGUGUGUGUGUGUGUGUGUGUGUUGUGUGUGUGUGUAAGACCAAGAAAACUAAAAUCCUUUGUGUCAGAGUUUUCUUUGAAUGUUUAUAGAAAAUGGUACUAAGGCACCACGAACGCUGUAUUUCAAUAAAUCUGACACUUGUGCCGAGUGAUAGAUCCUUCCAUGAACGGUUACGACGCAGAAGGGAAAAUUUCUUUCCGGGCCAUUUUGACUGAAAUUCCUUUCUGCCACAUAAAGCUGCCUUUCGUUUGCGUCAGAAUUGCGAGUGCCAUCUGUUGAGAGUCGGAGGAAAGAAGAGAUCGCACCCAAACGUUGGAUUGCCACUGAAAAACAGCUCUCGUAUUGCUCUCUCGCUCAAAGCUGCCCUCUAAAGAGAGAGAAUAAGAGAUUCCUUAUAAAGGCAAAGAAAGUCGCUCAGAAGAUAGUCAGGAUUAAUUUAAUGAUCGUUAUUUAAUUAGAGUAGGUUUUAAAGAUAAGUUAGUCUGAAUGUAUGAAUGUCUGUGUGAUUGUCCUUCAUUUUGAAGGAGCAGAGAGAUGUGGUUGCUCUCUUUAGAAUAAUCUUGUAAAUAACAGAUUGACGUUUCUCAGUCCUUUUCGCUCCCCCUCAGACUUGGUCGAUUUUCUGAACAACUUUUGAGACGAGAGAAAAAAAAAAAGAAAA